AAUCAGGUACAAGCAGAACGAGGAAAUAAUUCUGUGCAUAUCCACAAUCAAUUCCGUAAUACACAAAAUCGUAUGAAUCGUUAAGAUGACAACAAUAAUUUAUUGUGCACCGGAAAAAUAUGUCACAACCUGUGGUGGUAGAAAACUGAAGCCAAAGCUGCCUAAAUAUUUGAUUAAGCGUAAAAUAUUGACGAUAAGGGAAAAAAUUAUCGCUAGAAAGUACGGACACAUUUAUUUACGUAAAGUUUUUGGAAAAUAUCACCCCUCGGAAUGCAGACGAUAUUACAACAUGAAAGUGUUACGAAGAUUCUUUGAAAAGCUAAAGGCGCAUUGGUUCGAGGUGAAACAAGUUCACAGAUUAAUCCACAAAGCCGACGUCUUUUACGAGGGGAAAUUAAUGAGGAAAACAUUCAGUGAAUGGCUCUCUUAUGCCGCGAGGAUCAAGAUUAUUAAGAAACAGGAAAAUAUUGUGAGGUGGAAUUACGACGAACGAUUAUUAAAAACUGCGGUGUAUCGUUGGAAAACAAUAACGGAAAAAAGGAAAAAUUUUAAGAUCAUGAGACAGAACGCAAUAGAAUUGUUCUACUCGACGUAUACUUUGCUGUUAUUACUGAAACUAUCGGAGUAUUUUCACGAACAAAUAAAGCAGAGUUUACUAGAAAUGAAAUCCAUUUUGAUUGGAAGAUCUAUUUUUAUGCGAAAAUGCAUUAGAAGGUGGAGAUCGUAUGUAUUUCAACAGAAAAAUGAGAGAAGUCUCAGAUCUAAAGCAGUGAGUUAUUAUAUACACAAAGUGAGCGGACUUUAUUUUGCACGUUGGCGGAAGUAUGUUUGUUACAAACGGACAAAACGUGAAAUCGUUCAGAUUUGCGUAGGCCUGUACGAGGAUACUUUGUUAAAAAUGGUGGUGAAAUUCUGGAAGAAUGAGACCACAUUACAAGUUAUUGAAAGGCAACGCAUGAUGGCGGCAGCUAAAUUUCACGAUGAUUUGCUCAAGCGUAAAUUGUUAAAAACAUGGAUACGUUAUGUACGUCACAAAUUACAAGGCAGAACUCUGAAGCAUAAAGCAAACUUUUUUUACACAAUGAGAUUGAAACAAAAAAUUCUGGACGCUUUAUCGAAGAACGUUACCUGUUGCAAAAAUACCAAAUUGGCGAUACAAAAGUUGAAGCUUUUUUAUAAAAGAUUGUUGAUUUUAAAUGUAUGGAAUAAAUGGACGAUCAUGAUCGAUGAAAAAAAUGAUUCCGAGUUAAGGGAUAAAAUCUUAGUAGCAAAGUCUUUCUACCAGCAGCAUAUUAUUGAAAAAUGUCUAAAGAAGUGGAUCAAAUAUAAGAUAUUUCAACAGAAAAUAAAGUCAUUGAACUCAAAGGUCUUAGAUUUGUGUAGAACGUUUUACUGCAAGCAAUUCUUCAACACGUGGAAAAAGGCAUACAGCAAAAAAAGACGAAUUGUCUUACUGGAAGAAAAAGCUACCCAAUUUUUCAAAGACUCCUUACUGCAGAAUGCUAUUUCACGAUGGAUAAAAUCUUAUAAUGAUAGAAUAUCUAUGAAAGUAAAGUACCGGAUAUCAGGUGUACAUUAUGAUAAGAAAAUAGUCGGCAAGUGCUUUGCUGCCUGGAUUAAUUUUUGCAAUGAAAAUAUUCGGGUGCAAAAUUUAUUAAACGAAGCUGACGAGUAUUAUUUAGAAAUGCUGCAGCGGAAAAUUUUGAAAAAACUAUUAUUGAAUAUAUAUAGAAAAAAAGUAAAACGAGAGGAGAUAGAAAUGGUCAACAACUUUUAUAAAAAGACCCUUGUAAAUAGAGUAUUUGAAAACUGGUGGGAGCAUUGUGUUCGCGUGAAAGAAUUGAACAAAAAAGUUGAGGAAUAUAAUCAAAGGGCACAAAACAAGUUGAAAUUAAAAUUGAUUUCACAAUGGAAGCUAUACGUAAAUCAUAAAAAAUGUAGUUUCAACAAAACGUCGAUGUCUAGAACUUACUAUCAUAAAAAGAUAUGCUUAAAAACGUUUGAUAAUUUUAAAUACUAUGUAAAUUAUAGGAGAAAAAAAAAAAUUCAAUUGUCUUAUUUGGAAGAUAGAGUGGGAAAAAUUGAAUUCAUUGUUAAAACAAUAUAUUUUCAACACUGGAGAGUGGCUCGAUUGUUGCUUCUAAAAGAAAAGUGUAAAAUGUUUCAUGCUGAUGAAUUCCAUCAAUCUCAUUUAAAACGAAAAUUCUUUUGUUUAUGGAAAAAGUUUCUGUGGAAUCACCAAACAAAGCGUCAACACCAGACCAAAGUGAACAACAUUAUUAAUGUAUUCAUCUUGAAAAGGUGUUUAAAGAUUUGGUACACCAGAUACAAAACUCUGAUGAAAAAUCACCUCAAUCAGAGGUGGGUUGAUAAGAUUUACGAAAUGAAAAUCAGUUACAAAUAUUUCAUCGCAUGGAAAUAUUACACUGAAGUUCGUUUAACAGAGAAACAAGAGAUAUAUAACGCCAGAGAGUAUUACAAAAAACUAAUUAUUAAACAGGGUCUGCAACACUUGAUCAAGUUAUUUCUUAGUAAUACAGAAUUGAGAUAUGAAAUACACUUGAAUAAUGUUGCGAUGAAUUCCGUUCACGAAUUCGAACUGUUAAGAAAGUACUUCAACAAGUGGCAAAAAACUGUGUUCUGUAAAACACAGACUAAAUCGCAAAUAAUUAGAGGUCAGAAUGAUCUGGAAAGUUACACACCCAUACUGCGAUCAAAACACAAUGAUGAUAUAUAUGCGUGCAACUUCAUUCCCCGUUUUGUGAUUCCUGAUUUUAUGAAAGACGAGAUUAAAUUACGUUUUGGUAUUGGACAUUCUUCCGAUAGAAUUCCAGUUAUUGUCAGCAAGGUAGAAGUACCGAGAGGCCAAACCCCAAAGACAGAAUAUUUUGUCAAAGAUGCAAAGUUGAAUAAAAAGAUGUCGUCUUCUCGAUUGAAUGAUAAUAACCAAGGGCACAAAUACUCGUCAUGUCAAUUAACUCCGAAUCAGUUCGAAUUGAAAAGCAAAUCAGGAAAUGAUCAGAAAUUUUCGACGAAUAGUUUAAUGAAGUUUCGCAAGUUGAGGUUGAACGCUGAUGAAGUUUCAGUUAGAAAACUAACCAGCUCUAACAAGAUUUCAUUUUCACUUUCCCCUGAUGGUUCUAAAUCAGAUUCAGAUUCAGUAAAAACGUAUCUAAUACAAAAUCCUACAUAUUUUAGAAAUUUAUGUGACGAAAUCUCGUUUGAAGUUAAACCACAAGACGAAGAUUGUAAUAAAGAGAACAAAUUCAAACUGUUACCACCGUCAGCUUUCUAUGUUGCAAAGUGAACGUAUUUCAAUCAACUGAAAUAUUCUAAGCAUUUACCAGUGAUUUUUACAACAGAUGGAGCAUUGAAAAUUUGGAAACAUUCACGAACCCUAUUUUAAAAAUGUGGAGUUGAGUCGAAUUGUCUUGUUAACACCAUCAUAAUCGAACGUUAUUUACAAAUACAUGUUCAUAUGAUAAUCUAGUAAUUACACGAUGUUUACUCUUACACCCUAGAUAAU